AUGUCCACCAUCCCCCCCAGCAAACAAACCUCGACGCAGUUGUCCGACGAACAGACUGCCACUUCUGCUCACCCGCCGCAGUCCUCGCUCGAUCCUACUCUGACCUCCAACGACCCUCACAACAACAACAACAAUGCCGCCGCGGGAGGAAACACCGCCGCCGAUGCCACCGGUCCCUCCAAACUCGCCCGUCUCCGAAGCGAGCUGAAGGCCGGUCUACGCCAAUUCCCCGACUUCCCAUCGCCAGGCAUCCUGUUCGAAGACAUCAUGCCCCUCUUCUCCGACGUCAAGCUCCACAAUGCGCUGAUUGACGCUCUCGCCAUGUUGGUCCAGCAGCACUACAACUCGGUCGAUGUCGUCGUCGGUCUGGACAGCAGAGGCUUCUUGUUCGGCCCCAGUCUGGCUCUCCGCUUGAAUGCGGGUUUCGUGCCGGUUCGCAAGCAGGGCAAGCUGCCAGGUCCAUGCGAGACCGAGGGAUUCAAGAAGGAGUACGGCGAAGACUUCUUCCAGCUGCAGAGCGAUGCCAUCAAGCCGGGACAAAAGGUCCUUGUCGUCGACGACAUCAUCGCGACUGGCGGCAGCGCUGCAGCAGCUGGCAACCUCGUCGCCAAAGUCGGCGGUGAGAUUCUCGGAUUCGUCUUCCUCAUGGAGCUCGACUUCCUCAAGGGCCGCAACAAGCUCAACGGUCCUACCCACACCCUCCUCUCCGGCCAAGAUGCCGCUCUCAACUCCUCUUGA